AGCUUAAAUCUUGAGCAUGAACCAACAUAAACAAUCUUAAGUGUGGCAGCAUUGGUAAAAGUAUCGAAACAUCGAUAUGUUUUAUCAUUUGUUAUUUGGAUAAUGUGGACACACUUUUCGACGCACUUGACAUAAAGAAAUGGAGACUGGAGCAAAUAUAGCGGAUAAAUUGGCGUCGAAAACGGCGAGCAGCAAUUCCCUGGACAGCAGCUCCAAGUCGAGCUCGCUGGGCAGCAAGCAGGAGAAUGGCGUGCUGCGAGACACGCCCUUUGCUUAUUUGGAUGGCGAGGAGGACCAGGACCAGAAGAACGAUGUAACUUAUGUGUGCCCGUACAGAGGCCCCGUCUUUGGAGCGCUGACUAUUACCAACUACAGGUUGUAUUUUCGCUCGCUGCCUUUGCGCGAUCAGGAUCCACCCGUGGUGGUCGAUGUGCCACUGGGCGUGAUAGCUAGAGUAGAGAAGAUAGGCGGUGCCACGUCGCGCGGUGAGAACAGCUAUGGCAUAGAGAUAUUCUGCAAGGACAUGCGGAAUCUACGCUUUGCACACAAGCAGCAAAACCAUUCCAGGCGCACAGUGUUUGAAAAGUUGCAGGCCAAUGCCUUUCCAUUGUCUUACAGUGGCAAACUGUUUGCCUUUGCGCAUGCCUCGGCAGCAGUGCAGUCUUCGGCUGCCAGUGCAACGGUCAGCGCCAGCUGGGAUGGCUGGGCAGUGUAUGAGCCGCUGGCGGAGCUGCGUCGCUUGGGCGUGCCCAACGAUAUGUGGCGUGCAACCAAGUUGAAUGAAUCCUAUGGCAUUUGCGAUAGCUACCCAGCUGUUUGGGCCGUGCCCAAAGCGGCCUCGGAUGACUUUUUGCGUCGCGUAGCGCAGUUUCGUUCACGUUGCCGCUUGCCAGUUCUCUCCUGGAUGAAUCCACGCACGCAGGCGACCAUAACACGCUGCUCCCAGCCGCUGGUGGGCGUCAGCGGCAAGCGCAAUGCAGAUGAUGAGACCUAUCUGAGCUACAUCAUGGAGGCCAAUGCACAGUCCGAUAAGUUAACCAUCAUGGAUGCGCGUCCCAGCGCCAAUGCAAUUGCUAACAAGGCCAAAGGCGGCGGCUACGAGUCUGAGGAUGCCUACAAGAAUGUGGAGAUUAACUUUCUGGACAUACACAAUAUACAUGUAAUGCGUGAAAGUCUGCGCAAGGUGAAGGAGGCCUGCUAUCCCACCACAGAUGACUCCAAAUGGCAGACGGCCAUUGAUAGCACGCUCUGGUUGAAGCACAUACGUUGCAUCUUGGCUGGCGCUGUGCGCAUUGUGGACAAGGUGGAGACUAUGAGCACCUCGGUGGUGGUGCACUGUUCCGACGGCUGGGAUCGCACAGCACAGCUGACAGCGUUAUCCAUGCUGCUGCUGGAUCCGCAUUAUCGCACUGUGCGCGGCUUUGAGGUGUUGAUCGAGAAGGAGUGGCUGUCGUUUGGGCACAAGUUUCAGCAGCGCAUUGGCCAUGGCGACAACAAACAUUCGGAUGCUGAUCGCUCACCCGUAUUUUUGCAAUUUAUUGACAGCGUCUGGCAAGUUAGUCAGCAGUUUACUCAUGCAUUCGAAUUUAAUGAGCAUUUUCUCAUCACCAUUGUGGAUCAUCUGUAUUCCUGUCGCUUUGGCACAUUUCUAUGCAACACUGAGGCGGAGCGUGUGGCCGAAGAUUUGAAGCACAAAACGAUUUCGCUGUGGACGCACAUUAAUUCCUCGCUGGACCAGUAUUUGAAUCCACUGUUUCCAUCGUUUACGCGUGGCGCUGAGCCUGUGUUGCGUCCUUGUGCCAGCGUGCGCAUCGUGAGACUCUGGAAGGGUCUCUACUGCCGCUGGAAUCCUGGACUCUGCGCUCCUCAGCAUGGCUGCCAGCGCACACGCGAGCUGCUGUCCAAGCAGGAUCAGCUCUUCAAGCAUGUCAAUGAGCUGCGGCUCAAGCUCACCAAUCGCAGCAGCAAUAUGCAAACUACCACACGUCUCGCCUCUCCCAUGCACUAAAUAGUAUUUCCCCCCCUUAUAAGGACGACGACAAUUAUAUAAUCAUAUUUAUAAAAAUAAGUAAUUAUUGUUAUUAAUGUAUGCUUACAUUUAUAUGUAUAUCUAAGCCGCAAAGCAUGUGCAACGUAUAUCAAAUUAAUUAUAAUAUUAUUAACACAUAUGUAAGCUGCGCUGCUUAACUACACGCCAGUGAUUAGCAGAUGACUUGUAUAACUAUUAUACUCAAAACAGCUGAAGCUAUAUACUAAAGAAAAUAAAUACACACAAAUUAUAAACUAAAA